AAAAUCUCUACCCAAACAAAUAAAAGCCCAAAAUGAAGGCCCAAAGCUCAUGCUGACGUGGUUUUCCAAAUUGACGGGACCUCAUGCAAAUGUAGGGUCCACAAAGCUCUUUUACCGCUGACGUGGUUCACAUGGAGGCCCCAAAACCGUUAAUGGUGCAAAGGAGCGCAAAGCCGCAAGCCCUAGCUCCCGCUCCUCAGCUGCUGCUACUAGUACCACGUAGAUGUAGAUGUCGAGGAAGAAAGAGCAAAAAUUGAUACUCGAACAAAGUUGAUAAUGUUGGCCUGUGGCGGCUCUCGCAUCCCUCAUCAACAUUUAGGAUUAGGGUUCUACUCCUCCAGAAUCGUGCAGCUCUCUUCUCUCAUCCUGAAACCUCCCUCCUCCUCCGCCGCAAUUGUUGACCAUCACAAUCAUCGUCUUCAACACCGUUCGGUUUCUUCUUCUAGUCUUCGGUCCAAAUCCCCCGGCGACAUUCCUAUUCUACCUGAUUCUUUCAGCCAACGAGAAGACGAUCAUGAGCACCCUUCUGAAGCAUUGUCCUCAGUGGCAGGAGGGAUAGUUGCAUUGGGAAAGUUUGACGCACUUCACAUCGGUCAUCGAGAACUUGCAAUUCAAGCAUCAAAGGUUGGAACUCCAUAUCUUUUGUCAUUUGUAGGAAUGGCAGAAGUCCUUGGUUGGGAGCCUAGGGCUCCCAUAGUUGCCAAAUGUGAUCGUAAGCGUGUUCUCUCUUCUUGGGCACCAUGUUGUGGUAAUGUGAUCCCCAGGGAAUUCGAGGUACAAUUUUCAAGUGUUAGACAUCUUACACCGAGGCAGUUUGUGGAGAAGCUGGCGGGGGAGCUUCAAGUAUGUGGAGUUGUGGCAGGUGAAAACUAUCGGUUUGGUUAUAAAGCUGCUGGUGAUGCUUCAGAACUGGUGAGGCUGUGUGAUGAAUUUGGUAUGGGAGCUUACAUAAUAAAUUCUGUCAUGGACAGGCACCAAGAUUCCAGAAAUAUAGACCGUUGUGACUUGAAAGAGAGAGGACAAGUCUCAUCUACCCGCGUUCGACAUGCUCUAGCUGAGGGUGAUAUGAAAUACGUGUCAGAGCUUCUAGGCCGCCGCCAUCGUUUGUUAUUGGCAGUGAAAGACUGGGAAGGCUAUUCUAGUACUAGCAGUAAACGUAGGGUGUCAGCUCCAAAGUCUUCUUUGCUAAAUCUACCUCCUAAGGAUGGUUUUUAUGAGAACUGUUCUCUUUUAUUUGGGGAACAAAAUGUAGUAACAUGUAGAGUAUCUAUUGAUACGACUCAUAUCCAUCUGGUAGUAGAUCAGGUAGAUUUUUGUGAUUAUGAUUACUCUCGAACUCAGGUCUUGGGUAUUGAAUUUGGUGAAUUAAGAGUUAAUUGUGUUUAGCAUAUUUGUCAUCUUUUUUUUUUCCUUUUGAAUUUCAUUUCAGCAAAAUAUUUCGUGGGUGAGAAGUUUCAUCCAUGUUUUAAAGGAGUUUGUAUAUAUAUAUCCUUCAUAUGGGAGGUGCCUGUAUUUAUUCAUCAAUUAAAUUAUAUUUGUAUAAUGCACAUGAAUAUAGAAUGCCUGUCCCAUUCUUUAAGUUGGAAAUGAAUUAUAUUUUCUUGUGCC